AAGCGGGCGACGGGACGCGGAGCUGCAUUACGGCCUAGAGAUAGUCAGUUACUAAUUCGUGUAGCGCAUCAAGCCCUCACAGCGUUGUGCCGACGACUGCGCCCAGCCGCGUGUCCCUACCGUACUGUAUACAGCAGAGCAGAGCAGCCCUGCUCCUGCAGCAACACAUUGCAGCGCGCAGCGCGAAACGCCGAAGCGACACGCCGCCGCAGCGACAAAGUCUAAAAACAACGCUAUAAAAAAUGCCCAAGCGCAAGGGCAAGGACUCGAGUGGAGGCGGCGGCAAGCGCCACGACUCGGGCCUAUUAGCCGCAGAUAAAAGCUUGGGCCAGAACUUCCUCAAGAACCCUGCUGUUGUUGAUAGUAUAGUGGAAAGAGCUAAACUCAGACCGACGGACGCCGUGCUCGAGGUCGGUCCCGGUACGGGGAACUUGACUGUCAAGUUAUUAGCGAGGGCCAAGUCGCUCGUCGCGGUGGAAUUCGACCCGCGCAUGGUCCGCGAGGUCAAGAAGCGCGUGGAGGGCGAUCCCCGCAAGCAUCGCCUCGAAUUGAUCCAGGGCGACAUCCUGAAGACGCCGCUGCCGUUCUUCGACGUCUGCGUCGCUAAUCUGCCGUACAACAUCUCGUCGCCGUUUUUGUUCAAGUUAUUAGCACAUAGACCCUACUUUCGGUGCGCGGUGGUCAUGUUCCAGGAGGAGUUUGCUCAGAGAUUGUCCGCGAGGCCGGGCGACGCGUUGUACUGUAGAUUGUCGGUCAACACGCAGUUGCUGGCCAAAGUGACACAAUUAAUCAAGGUAGGGAGGAACAACUUCCGGCCCCCGCCAAAAGUCGACUCGCGCGUCGUGCGCAUCGAGCUGAAGAACCCGCCGCCGCCGGUCAAUUUUGUGGAAUGGGACGGCCUCGUGAAAUUGUGCUUCAACCGCAAGAACAAGACCCUUAGAUCAUUAUUCACGUCGAAGAAAGUGAUCGCCGACCUGGAGACGUCCUGGAAGACGUUCGCGGCGCUCCGCGGUGCUUCGGGCGAAACGCCGGACGUGAAGGCCAUGGUCGAGGAGGUCGUCGGUGGCGAGCGCUUCGACGGGAAGCGGCCCGCCAAGAUGGACCAGGACGACUUCCUCGCGUUGUUGGUGGCGUUCAACGCCAAGGGGUUGCACUUCACGUAAGGAUGGCUUUUUGUGA